AUGCCGCCUCGCUUAGCUCACAAGAAGAGCCGCAAAGGCUGUCGGCGCUGCAAGGAGAGAAAGGUCAAAUGCACAGAGGAGUGGCCGUCGUGUGCGGCGUGUGCGCGACAUCGGGUGCCUUGCGAGUAUGCGGAAGACCCCAGAAGCAGCACAGCCCCAGAGUCGCGCGCCAGCAGUCAUGCGGCAUCAAGAGGAAGCUCCGAGUCCAGCGACAAUAAGAGUUCCACGCCGGGCAUCGACGCACCCUAUCCUCACAGCGUCCUGACAGAAUCCAGCCUCUCGGAACCCAAUCACCAUGCAAUCGAGCUGUACCUUAUACACCGGUUCAAGACGUGCGUGGCCGCUGCCUUUCCCUCGUACGAGAGUGCAGAGCUAAGACACAUCUGGGUCUGGACUUCUGUCGACUUGGGAUUCGACUUCCCCUAUCUGCUCGAUGCCAUCUUUGCCAUCACAGCACUGUACAUCUGGGUGACUUCUUCCGCGCCACAGACAGAGAGCGAGACGGUGUCGAUACCUCAAUCGCUUCGUGGUGUCGACUAUGCGCAACUGCAUAGGAUGUAUCUGAAUCGGUCCAUUUGCCUGCAGAGAGAUGCCUUGGCCAACCUCACAUCAGAAAACGCCGACGCCGUGGGGCUCACGGCCGUACUGCUUUCCACCAUGGCAACUUGCCUUCUCUCGGACAAUGCUGAUGCAGGAGAGAGCAGCUACGCUCCGCCCAUUCAAUGGCUGACGAUGCACGCAUCCAUCGCGGCUGUCUUCCGGAAUGCCGUCCCUUUUCUCCAACCCGAUGGUCCAAUGGUGCGCUAUGCGAAGCUUACUGAACAGCCGACAUUCAGCAACACUGAUGCUGUAUUCAAUCCGGAAAAUCUGGCCCCGUUCCAAAAGCUCCUUGACUUUCAGCGCUCGGAGGACGACCGCUUGAGUCCAGGCGAGAAACCAGACCCAUCGGUCGGAGACGCAUACGUCAAGGCCGUGGCGUUUCUGGGCAGCGUCUGCAAGGCUCUACGGCUGCCCGAACAACGCUAUCGAAUAUGCAUGCGCGUGGUGGCGUUCGGGCAUAUUAUUCCACGGACGUUCAUUCGUCUCCUGGCGGAACGACGACCGAGAGCUUUGGCUAUAUUGGCAAAUUAUAUGGCCUUUGUGAAGUAUAUUGAGAAGUACUGGUGGUUCAGAAACCGCGCUCAGACGGAGAUAUCUGGGAUCCGGAGCAUACUUCCUCAGCAGUGGCAUUGGGCGCUGGCCUGGCCGGUGAUGGUUCUGCGGGAGCCAGAGAAGAUACUGCUAGACCCGAGGGAUUUCCAGUGA